GAGAGAGAGAGUUCAAAGGCAUGGAGUUGGCAUUGCUGGUGGUGAAGAUGAGUGGAACAUGCUUGUUGAUUGGGUUGAUUGGCAUGGUGAUUCAGCUGUUUGAUUCGAUGAUUUGGAAGCCCCAAAGGCUCCGUGCCAAGCUCCGAAAGCAGGGCAUCCAGGGUCCCCCUCCUACAUUUUUGCUUGGUAAUACACUUGACAUCAAGAAGGCACAAUCUCAGUCCUCCUCAGUUUUGGCCCAACAACACAUUACCCACAACAAUUCCUCUACUGUCUUCCCUUUCUUCCAUCAAUGGAUACAACAAUAUGGCCCAACCUUUUUGUUUUCGCUUGGCAACAUCCAGAUUUUACACAUAACAGAUGCUGAUUUGGUGAAGGAAAUAAUUACAUGCACUUCAAUGGACUUGGGAAAUCCCACCUAUCAACAGAAGGAACGAGGCCCUCUUCUUGGCAAAGGCAUUUUAACUUCAAAUGGUGCCUUAUGGGCUCAUCAAAGGAAAAUCAUUGCUCCUGAAUUAUACAUGGACAAGGUCAAGGGUAUGACACACCUAAUGGCGGAGUGCUCAGUUAUGGUGGUGAAGGGAUGGAAGAGCAAAAUAGACAGCCAUGGUGGAGCAGCAGACAUAAAAGUUGACGAUUGUUUACGAAGGUUUACAAGGGAUGUUAUCUCAAGGGCUUGUUUUGGAAGCAAUUAUUCCAAAGGAGAAGAGAUUUUCUUCAAAAUUAGAGCUCUACAAGAAGCCAUGUCUAAAAAAGUUUUAUCUAAUGGCUUCCCUGGAAUGAGGUAUCUUCCGACGAAGAGCAAUAGGGAAAUAUGGAGAUUGGAGAAAGAAGUUCGAGCAUUGAUAUUGAAAACUGUAUAUGAAACCAAGGAUGAAACAUCAAAGGAAGAUCUGUUACAAAUGAUUCUGAAAGGUGCUGAAAGCAGUGAUUUAGGCCCUGAUGCAACUGAUAACUUCAUUGUUGACAACUGCAAGAACAUAUAUUUUGCUGGGUAUGAAACAACUGCCAUUACAGCUGCUUGGACCUUGUUCCUUCUUGCACUCAACCCUGAUUGGCAAGACAAAGUUCGUGCCGAGGUUGUUCAAAUUUGUGAGGGAAAAAUACCAGAUGCCGAUAUGAUCCGGCGGAUGAAAACACUGACAAUGGUGAUCAAUGAGACGCUAAGGCUAUAUCCUCCAGGAGCUAUUAUAUCGAGGGAGGCCUUAGAAGAUAUGAAAUUUGGAAAACUUGAGGUGCCCAAAGGAGUGAAUAUUUGGUUAAUGCCGGUGACACUUCACCAAGAUCCUGAAAUAUGGGGACCUGAAGCUCAUAAAUUCAACCCUGAAAGGUUUGCCAAUGGUGUCAGUGGCGCCUGCAAGUUCCCUCAUGUGUAUUUGCCUUUUGGAUUCGGACCGCAUACAUGUUUGGGGCAGCAUUUUGCCUUGGCCGAACUCAAGCUACUUCUUGCCCUUGCUUUGUCAAAUUUCACUUUUUCUCCCUCACCAAACUAUAGGCACUGCCCAUCUUUGAGUUUGAUUAUUGAACCUAAAUAUGGAGUCAAUCUCAUUGUUAGGAGGCUUUGACUUAUCCAUCAUAACUAC